AUACAUGUGAAGCUACAAAAGGCCAUUGCAAGAGAUUACCUACUUUUCACUUGCACACAAUUACUACUUCAUAACGUAACAAAAUUGAACACAAAUAAGGAUCUCUCUUAGCCUCGGAUCGUCCGCAGUUGUAUUUAGGUUUCUUCUUCUUUUUGGAGCAUCACUGAAAGCAAUAUAUUUGGGAUGCACAAAGAUGGGGUUGAGCAACAACUCUUGGCUCUUAGAUGCCUCUGCUUUUCCAUCUGCAUUGGGAUUAUUCUGUUUUCUACACGAUGAUUUCAAAUUUGCAGCUCAUAGAGCAUUUAAGUUCUCAUGCCAAAUGCACAAUGAAGCAACAGUGAUUAAGAAUCUUGUCGUGCUGAAGCAUGGCCUUGUUGCAGAUGGUUGAACACUGAAACAAGGCCUCCUAUCCGUAAAAAGAGAAUCAUUACAUCAACAGGAGUAUUAUUAAUAGUAUAAAGUAGGGUGGUUGGUUGAAAAUAGAGAAGAAAGAAAAUGUAUUGAUGCAAAAAUAUGAAUUGGGGAGACUAUUAGGUCAAGGCAACUUUGGUAAGGUUUAUAAUGGAAGGAAUCUAAAAGGCGGACAUAGUGUAGCCAUUAAGAUAAUUGAUAAAGAGAAGGUUCAGAAGGCUGGACUGAUUGAACAAACCAAACGAGAGAUAUAUGUUAUGGCACUGGUCAAACACCCACAUGUUGUGCAGCUAUAUGAGGUCAUGGCAACUAAGACUAAGAUUUACUUUGUGAUCGAACAUGCCAAAGGUGGCGAGCUUUUCAACAAGCUUACAAAGGGGAGGCUCAAGGAAGAUGUUGCUAGAAAAUUCUUUCAACAACUAAUCAGUGCCGUUGUCUUUUGCCACAGCCGAAAUGUUUAUCACCGUGAUCUCAAAUCGGAAAAUAUCUUGUUGGAUGAGAAUGGAAACAUAAAGCUCUCAGAUUUGAGAUUGAGUGCAUUGGCCGAGUCUAAGCAGCAAGAUGGGUUACUCCACACAACUUGUGGUACACCAGCAUAUGUUGCUCCUGAGGUGAUUGGUAGAAAAGGUUAUGAUGGUGCCCAAGCUGACAGCUGGUCUUGUGGGGUGAUCUUAUUUGUCUUGUUGUCUAGUUAUCAUCCAUUCCAUGACUCAAAUCUUAUGAAUAUGUAUAAGAAGAUAAGCAGAGCGCAGUACAAAUGCCCUAAUUGGUUCCCACUAGAAGUGCGUAAACUUUUCUCUAGGAUCCUCGACCCAAACCCUUAUACAAGGAUUUCAAUAGCCAAAAUUAAGGAAAGCUCCUGGUUUAAGAAAGGAUCCGAAUCCAGACAUGUGGGAACAAAACAAGUAGUGAAACAAAAUGUUGUUCCAGAUUGCGAUGCUAUUUCCCGUUCAAAUUUGGAGAAUAGUACCUCUUUCUCCGACACCAAGCUAGAGUUGAAAAAACCUGCAAACGUUAAUGCAUUUGAUAUCAUCUCUUUCUCAAGAGGGUUUGACUUGUCUGGUUUAUUCACAAGAAAUGAUCAAAAGGAGGAGCUGCAAUUCACAUCAGUGAAGCCUGCCCCAGUCAUCUUAUCCAAGCUUGAGAAAGUUGGCAGAAAUCUGAACCUAGAAAUAAAGAAGACAGAGGGUGGAUUUUUUAGAUUAGAGGGAUUAAAUAAGAGAAAAUAUGUAACUUUGUGCAUUGAUGUGCAUAUAUUUGAAAUUACUGAAUCCUAUUACUUGAUUGAGCUGAGAAGGUCAAGUGGUGAUGCGAUUGAGUACCAAAACAUGUUGAAGCAAACUAUCUAACUAGCUCUUGAGGAAAUUGUUUGGGCUUGGCAAGGUGUCCAAUCUCAUCAUUAGUAAGUAGAAUCUCUAAAAUGAAGCUUCUGAUUUCCAUAUGCUCACUCUAUCUGCUGAUCAGACUUUGUAUUAGUAUUUAAAGUUAUUCUGUUUGUUUGUUGUGCUAGUUAUAAUUUUCAUUUUAACUAUGUUUCAGCACCUGUGGUACGAGCUCUUUGACUG